UUUUGCGGGGCCUCAGUACACAUUCAAAUCUUACUUAAAAUUGUUCGCAUCCGUAAUUCGCUUUCAAUAAUUUCUCUAAAAAGUACAUUUCUCUCAAUUUUUGUUAUCUAAAGUAGUUUUCAGGAUAUGAGGACUUUAUGGAGUUAUACUGAACUUUGAUCAUUUUUGUCAGUCCUUUAACCUAAAUUAUUGCUACUAAAAAAAUGUUUCGCAUAUUUAGUAGAAAUUAAUCAAAAUCGGUGUUUUUUAAUUAGGUAAUUUUCGUAGACCGCGGGGCCUCUCAAAACGCGGGACCAGGUUCUGGUGAACGCGCUGGACCUGCCUUGCGCCGGCCCUGUUUCUAAUAUAGGAAAAUCUUACAUAGGCAAAAAAGAAAAAAGAAAAAGGUUCAUGCUGUAAAUCUCGUUACAACAAAUAACAAGCACGCGUGCAUCUUAAGGCAAGGGAAUUAAUGCUAGUAGUCAAGUAGAUGAUAAAGAAGAGGAAGAAACUUGUAUAGGGUUGUAUAGGGCAAAGGAAAUUCUAUUAAACGCGCACCUACGUAAACGAAGAUUGUACCAGGCUGUAAGUCUCGUUACAGUAAGUAAAAUACACACAUACAUCUUAAGACAGGAAAGCAAGGCUGGUAACUAAGGUAGACGUAAAUGUGGAAAAGAAAAGGGAGCUUGUAGAGGACUGGAUUAAUUUGCAUUAAUCGAGGAGUGCUCGUAGGAAAUUUGUAAAAAAAGUAUCAAGAAGUAUAAAAGAGAAAAUGAAGAACUUUGAUUUAUUCACUGGAAAGUGUUUUAUAUGCAAGUGUGAAUAUAUAAGGUGCUUGCAGCAUUUUUUACAAUCGCUCUUUGAUCGUACUGGCUGUAAUGGUUCGCAAGUUAGAAAUAAUAUUUAUAUAUAUCGACAAACAGACGCAGUGCAUGGAUAGAGGAAAUGAAAUGCAUCUCGAUUUCUAACGUCAGGAUCGAUUUAUCUUCGUUAAUCUGAUCUCUUAUUGAAAAUUCUUAUCGACAAGAUCAAAAAACUAGACAAGACGCAGCAUAAGGAAAUGAAAACUAAGAAAAAUCGAAGAACCGUGGAACGUAACGCAAGGGAACGAGAGAUAAGGAGAGCAAAGGAUUACAAACGGCUGAAAGAAUGGAGCGAUUCCGAGGCAACGAUUGAAAAAAGUGGGGGCACCAACGUGCAUUCGGAGUGUUGGCCAGCAUUCACGUAUUGCAUCAUCUUUCUUCCACUCUGUCUCGUUCACGUGGCUAAUUUCCUUUUCGUUAUCUGUUGCCUAUCGCACUCGAUCGGUAGUUUUUAAAUCAGAGAAACCAGAAGCUGUUCACAUGAGUCGAGGAUCUAUUUCCAGUUGGCAGGACUAUGGACGCAGAAGUUCUCAAUGCAUGCCACAGUUCAGCGGCGGUCCGGUGCAAUUUAUGACUUACGAUGACAUGGAAUAUAAAAGAGGCGAUGGUUGGUUCUUAUCGUAUACAAAGAUAGCAGGAAUCAUCGUGGUCUUUAUUAUCGGUGUCAUAGCCGCAGGAUUUCUCGGAUGGUACAUCAAUUCCUUACCAAAGAAAAAGCCUUACGAGAUUCUAGACUUGCAGAACGAUGGCAUCGAUGAUACAGACGAUGUUGACGAAAGUAUUUCACCUUUCAUUCGUCCCUUGAAAUAUCGCCUCGAAUUAACGCCAAUUAUAGACAUGAACGGUCCAUCGAGAUUGAUAGGCCACGUGUACAUCGAUUUUCAAGUAAACGAUACGAUAAGUUUAAAUAAACUUUCGCUAAAUGUGAAGAACAUUACGGUGACUAGUUACAAGCUGUCUUUGCUGGAUCUGGAGGAAAACAAGAAGCCGUUAAGGAAAAGACGAAGAAGGGGAAUCACUGACGUAAUUAAUAACGCUAAUCAAGGGAACGAUACAACUUCUGUUUCACAUACUAUGUAUUCUAUAGAAAAUGAUGUUGUGAUAAGCCUGAGGGAAAACGAGACAAUGGUAUACGACGAAAAUGUUACAAACUCAUUGGAGAACAGGUCCUCCGUCGAAGAAGCCAACGUUUCAUUGUCAAAUUACGCUUUGGUUUCUGACACUGACAAAAUUGACGACUCAAACGUAGAUGCUAUUAUACAGUUCGGAUCUGUGCCACCUGCUGUAUCUCCCGGAAACGCAUCUUCUCAAAUACAAAUCACACAGUACGAUAUAGACGUAGAUAAAGAAGUUCACACAAUUCAUUUAGGAAGUCGAAUACAGCAAGGAAUUUAUCUGUUGGAAGUCAAAUAUGACCUGUUAAUCGAUGAACAUAUAUUUUUCAUUGGAAGUUACAAUUCAUCUGGCGAAGGAAAAUGGCUAAUGGGAACGAGAUUGAAGGAAUCCGGUGCUCGAUGUUUGUUCCCGGUUUUCGACGAUACGGUGAAUAAGUCAGUUAUUUCCGUAUCCGUGGCACGUCCCAAAGAAAUGACAGUGCUCUCAAACAUGCCCCUCAGGACUUUAAGGGAUACCUCGGACAAUUCGAUGGUGGUCGAUACUUUCGACGAUUCCCUGCCUAUUUCUCCGCACAAUUUGGCUUUCGUAAUGGGCCAUAUCAAAGCCAUGAACACGACGAUCGUAGGCGACACCGAAGUAGUUGCAACGUUCUGGUGUGAAUCGAAUAGAAGUUCAGACGAGAUUUACCUGUUCGACAAACUCGACUCAAUUGUCGUUAACUUGAUCGACGUGUUUUUGACGUCCUACCCCUAUCCUAAAUUGGAUAUAGUAAGCUUGCCUCCAGGGAUCGACGAGAACAUGGGAAAUCCUGGAUUAAUUGCGCUGAAGCAGUCGUUGUUCUACACCAGCAAGAAAUCGCCACAUGUCACGAAAGCCAACGCUCUGAAGGUGCUGAUCAGCCUAGUGGGACAGCAAUGGCUCGAUGAAUUUAUGAAUGUGAAUCGAACGGACGCGUGGAUCUCCGAGAGUCUGCUAGUUUACAUCCAACACGUGAUCGUUCAACAGAUAGACUCGUCAUUGGACUUGAGCGACUCUUUCAUCGCCGAUGUCCAGCUGCACGUGAUGGAGAUCGAUGGCUAUAGCAUUUCAAGGCCUUUCCAUGAAAAUGCCAACUAUCAUCUGUGGCAAUCUCUUAACUACGAGCACGCGAAAGGUGCAUGUCUGAUACGCAUGUUGCAUGGCGCGAUAGGCGAUACCGACUUUAGGAACGGCUACAAGAAACUGAUAACCAGGUGGAAGCACAACAACACGGAUGUAACCGAUUUCAUGAAUAUUCUGGCGGAAGAAGCAAUGGAACUUCCGUCCGGAGUUUCGUUGGAAGACACGAUGAAUUCUUGGAUUUCUCAAGGUGGAUAUCCAUUUAUAACCGUCGUAAGAAAUUACGAAGAGGAAUCCGCCAUUAUCUAUCAGGAACAAUUUGCGCUCGAUCGUCCAUUCGAAAGUAUCUCCAAAUUCUGGCAUAUCCCACUGAGUUACACCAACAAUAAUGGUAAUUGGUCGUCUCCUGCUACGAUCUGGUUUCCACCUGAACCUAAAAUCACGCUGGAUGGCAUUGGUUCCAAUGAAUCUUGGGUUCUUUUCAAUGUAAAUAAGACUGGUUUCUACCGCGUGCACUACGACGAAACAAAUUGGAUGCUGUUAAAAUUGGCACUUGCGGAGAAUCAUGAGCUGUUUCCACCAGAAACGAGAGUAUCGCUCGUAGACGACGUUUUUAGUUUGGCUGAAAUAGGCUUGAUGAAAUAUGGCACCGCCUUUGAAUUCAUUAAAUAUAUGCAAAUGAAGGAAAGACAUUAUCUUCCUUGGGGUGCAUUUAUGCGACACAUGUUCAAAUUAAACAGGCUUCUGUACGAGACUCCGGUCUUUACUGAUUUCCAGGAAUUCAUAGCAAGAUUCGUAUCCCCAUUGUACAGCGAAGUAGGGUCAAAGUUGGAAGAAGGAUCAGCAUUGACAAUGACUGCUGUAAAACUUGCAUGCGCCUUUGAGCAUUCUCAGUGUCUAGAUUGGUCGAAAAAUGUUUCCGAGGAGGUCGAUAGUAAUCUACAAGAAACAGUUCCUUCCUACAUUCGUGACACAUUUUACUGCACUAUUGCGCGUUAUGGUACACGAAGGGAAUGGAACUACUUCAUGGAACGGAUAAAAUUAACCGAAGAUGAGGAGGAAAAGAAGCGUUUGUUAUCGUCAUUCGCUUGCUUCCAAACUCCUUGGAUUUUACAAUUUAUUCUCAAUGAUAUACUUCACGAGGAACGAUUCGAGGAGGACGAAAUGUCGGUAAUUUUGAAUGCAUUUUCACAAAAUCCAGCCGCAGCUCAAGUCGCAUUUCGGUUCGUUCGAGCAAAUUGGCAAGAAAUUGCGCAAAGGUUUCUAGGAUCUUAUAAGGUAUUGAAAUCUUUCGUGCUGUCCAUGAUGAAUGGCUUAACGACUGAACAGGAUUUACAAGACCUUCAAAUGUUCAGGCAAAACAAUUAUGAAAGCAUGAAAGGAACAAGAUAUGCGGCAGCGCUUGUCGAAGCAAAUGGAAAUUUCGAAACGACAUGGUUGAAACAUUCUUUACCUCAAAUUGAAUCUAUGUUAAAAGAAGAAACACAGAGAUUUGCAAGUCCGUGAAAAUAGCUGAUAAAAGUGAGGGGAUAAAUAUUCUCAAGAGUUGUAUUUCGUGAAGCUGGACAAAUAGCUUUUCGAAGGAUCACACGCACUUUUUACGAAUCCCGGCGAUUUACUUAAAAUAUUCGAGUUCUAAGCUUUUUUAUUUCGCUUCAUUUUUUAUUCUCCUGAAAAUGCAAACUUGAAUUUUGAAAUUGAAGUUGUGACAAAUUUUAAAUGAAUUUUUUCAUUUGACAUAUGGAGAUGUAUUAACAUAUUCUCUCAUUUAUAAUUUAUUAAUGUAACAUAUAAAUCAUUUCGAAUAAAUAGUAUUGUAACUUUUUAAAAUAUUGUAGCGAAUAGAAAUAACUGUUUCUUUUUAAUUAUUAAAUUCAAAACUCGAAAUUUCUUAAGAUAAAUAUCUUUAUCAAAGUUAUCUUUCUAAUUAAUUAUUACGCUCAUACAUAGACAUAAAUAUAUAAUAAAUAUGUAAUAAUAAACCAGAACUAGUAAGAAAAUAUUAUGAACUUGUGACGCUUAUAGAGAAACUAUAUUAAAUCAUAUAGAAACUAUAUUAAAUAGUCAGUAAUAUUUCUAAAAUAUCUUAGAAACGAGUAUUACACUUAGAACACUGAUUUCCAUAUAGAAAUUAUUUGCCUUUGAACCAGCAAUACAUUUUGUUAAACAUUCUAUAAAAAAUCAUGUAUAUAUUUAAAAACAUAUCUUUACCCAUUUUUGUUACACAAUAUUAAUUUAUCUUCAUGCGAAAUAUAAACAUAUAAAAAUGAAGUACAGAUAAAUUAUGGAAUUUGAUUUCCGAUAUUGUAAUCAAGGUUCUGACAUUCAUAAUGUAUCUCAAUUUUAUGCGCCGUAUAAUUAUUGGAUACCUAUGUAUUAUAAAAAAGCAAUGAUUUAUGAUAUUUUAGUAAUA